AUGGCGGAAAUUGUAGCUCAAUCUUUUGUAACCUUUGUGGUGAAAAAGUUGGGUGAGUUGCUCCUCCAGGAAGCGCUAAACUUGCGUGGGGUGCGGCCUCAAGUUGAGCAAUUGCAAGCCCAGCUAAAUCGGAUGCAAUGCUUCUUAGAAGCUGCAGAUGCAAGACCAAAAGGAGGAGCAGAGGAGAUUAUAAUCCGCAACUGCGUUGCUGAGAUCAGAGAAGCAUCCUAUGAUGCUGACGCUGCAAUUGCAACUUUUCUUGUCAAAAUUGCAUUUCGUACUAGUGGGAGAUCAGAUCAGUUCCCUUUCGUUCUCAAGAGGUAUUUGCGUAUCUUCAAGGAAUGUUUAGCCCUUCGUGAGGUUAGGUUGGAGAUUAACAAUAUUAAUACCAGGAUCGACAAAAUCCUCACAACAGGUUUUCAAACUCGUGGAAUACUAAAUUCUGCAGGAGUAGGUGAAAGUUCAUCAUCAACUUCUAUGGCUGAGAGGCAGCGACAAUUAAUGCGAUCCUAUACCCAUAUUGUUGAGGAGGAUGUUGUCGGCACAGAAGAAGAUGUAAAAGCAAUAGUGGAUCUUUUGGUGAAGGAGAAGGCACGUUAUAGAGUUGUUUCCAUUUGGGGGAUGGGUGGUCUUGGCAAGACCACCCUUGCUAAGACGGUUUACAAACACAUUGAAAUUAGGCGUCAUUUUAAAUGUGUUGCCUGGGCCUAUAUAUCUCAACAAUGUAAUACAAGGGAAGUUCUUGAAGGGAUUCUUAUCAAACUUCUCUCUCCAUCAAACGAAGAAAGGAAAGCAAUUGGAAAGUUGAAUCAUGAUGAGCUAGUCAAGAAACUUCAUCAAGUCCAAAGUGAGAACAAAUGUUUGGUGAUUCUCGAUGACAUUUGGAAGGAUGCGGAUUGGGAUAGUUUGAGUCCAGGCUUCCCAAAUACUACAGAGGUAGGCAGCAAAAUAUUGCUAACAACUCGCAAUAAAAAUUGA